UUUGGGGGGAAACCUAGGUACACAUCGGUGUGCCUCUCUUAUUGUCACAACCUCCAGGCGUACCAGUCUGUGUUGCGCCUCUGCUCUCAACUUAUUUUUUUAAUACUGAUUACAACUCCUCAGCAACGCUCACUUUUUAUCCCCUGACAUCGGAGAGAUGUUCCCUGGAAGGAGGUCACACCCCAGCUGAACAUUUUUACCUUGAACAGUUUAGGAGUCAGGCUGAUAACUUCUCGGAGAGUUUAUGAAUGAGGAACGUUUGGUGGAGACUUUUACGCAUCGAGUUGAGUGACGUCCGUUAAGAUGUUUUAAAAGAAAACUUUUUAUUUGCAAGUGUCACUUCCAAAUUCUCAUUUCGUCCCUUUUCUUCAAUGGCAAGAGAGCGUUUUAAAUAGAUUCUGACUGAUCGUCUCUCUUGAGAGAAACUUUGGUGAACUUCAGCAACAGCGAACUUGAUUUGAUUUCGGCUCCCCUUACUUCUCCUUCUUCUCCUUCUUUUUUUAUUCUACCACUCAACGGUCGCUCGACCUUUUUCGGGAUCCUUUACCUCCACAACGUCUACUUCCCUCCUCGCGGAUUUUCAAUUAACUUUGGUUUGGAAGUAAUUGAAGUGGAUAACAUGCCUCCGAUCGGACUGGAGAAGCGAGCUGCGCUCUGCCGGGUUCUGGCUCUGUUUUUUGCGCUUCUGGUGUGCGUUGCUUCCGUGACUGGAUGCCCGCACAAGUGCAGCUGCUCCGGGUCGCAUGUGGACUGCCAGGGUCUGGGUUUGAAGACUGUACCUAAAGGAAUACCGAGGAAUGCCGAGCGCCUGGAUUUGAACAGAAACAACAUCACCAGGAUCACUAAAGUGGACUUCUCUGGCCUCAAGAACCUCAGGAUUCUUCAUCUGGAGGACAACCAAAUCAGUGUUGUUGAGAGAGGAGCCUUCCAAGACCUCAGACUGCUGGAGAGACUUCGCCUGAACAGAAACAAACUCCAGUUCCUCCCAGAGCUUCUUUUCCAGUCAAACCCCAAACUAGGAAGGCUAGACCUCAGCGAGAACCAGAUUCAGGCAGUUCCAAGGAAAGCGUUCAGAGGAAUCACAAGUGUCAAGAACCUGCAACUGGACAGCAACCACAUCAGCUGCAUCGAAGAUGGAGCUUUCCGAGCGCUGCGCGAUCUGGAGAUUCUCACCCUCAACAACAACAACAUCACACUCAUCCCGCUGUCCAGCUUCAACCACAUGCCCAAGUUGCGGACACUGCGUCUGCACUCUAACAGCCUCCACUGUGACUGCCACCUGUCCUGGCUCUCUGAUUGGCUCAGAGCCAGGCGGGGCUUGGCUCCUUUCACCCAAUGCAUGGCCCCCGCCCACAUGAGGGGCCUUAAUGUCCCAGAUGUGCAGAAGAAGGAUUUUGUCUGCAAUGGUCCAGCACAGACAGAGUCGAGGGCUUGUGUUCCUCUGGUAGCCGUGUGUCCACCCAGCUGCAGCUGUAACAACAACAUUGUGGACUGUCGUCGUAAAGGCCUCACUGAAAUACCAGCUAACCUCCCUGAGGGCAUCGUGGAAAUUCGCUUGGAGCAGAACUUAAUUAAAAGUGUCCCAGCAGGAGCCUUUUCUGCCUACAAGAAGCUCAAGAGGAUGGUGUUGUACGGAAACAAGAUCACAGAGCUGCCCAAGGGAUUGUUUGAUGGACUGGUUUCCCUGCAGCUACUGCUGCUGAAUGCCAACAAAAUUAACUGUUUGAGAGUCAACACCUUCCAAGACCUGCAGAACCUCAACCUGCUGUCGCUGUACGACAACAAACUGCAAACAAUCAGCAAAGGACUGUUCGCCCCUCUGCGCUCCAUCAAGACUCUUCAUCUGGCCCAGAAUCCCUUUAUGUGUGACUGUCACCUGAAGUGGUUGGCAGACUACCUGUUUGACAACCCUAUUGAGACCAGUGGAGCGCGUUGCAGUCACCCCAGAAGAUUGGCCAACAAGCGCAUCAGCCAAGUUAAAGGCAAGAAGUUCAGAUGCACAGGUCAGGAGGACUAUCGUAGUCGUCUGAGUGGGGAGUGUUUCCAGGAUCUGGUUUGUCCAGAGAAAUGUCGCUGUGAAGGCACAGUGGUCGACUGCUCCAAUCUCAAACUGACCCGUGUACCUCCACACAUCCCCGAACACACCACAGACCUGCGGUUAAAUGACAAUGAGAUUGUCAUCCUGGAGGCUACAGGGACGUUUAAGAAGCUACCUAACUUGAAGAAGAUCAACUUGAGUAACAACAAGCUGAGGGACAUCCGUGAUGGUGCGUUUGAUGGAGCGGGUGGAGUUUUAGAGUUGCUGCUGACGGGGAACAAGCUAACUGGACUGCAGGGACGCAUGUUUAAAGGCCUCAUUGGCCUGAAAACUCUAACGAUGCGGAGCAACCAGAUCAGCUGCAUUGACAACAGUACUUUUACGGGUCUGAGCUCAGUGCGUCUGCUGUCGCUGUACGACAACAGGAUCUCCAGCAUUGCCCCAGGAGCCUUCUCCACCCUGCACUCCCUGUCCACCAUUAACCUCCUGUCCAACCCGUAUGUGUGUGAUUGUCAUUUGGCCUGGCUGGGUCAGUGGCUGAAGAAGACCAGGGUGGUCAGUGGAAACCCUCGCUGUCAGAAGCCAGCCUUCCUGAAGGAGAUCCCCAUCCAAGAUGUGGCCGCCCCAGACUUCACAUGCGAUGGUGCUGAGGAUAAUGGUUGUCUUCCUGCAUCAGGUUGUCCUGACGUCUGCACGUGCACAGACGGCGUGGUGCGAUGCAGCAACAGAGGGCUGCACUCUCUGCCCAAGGGCAUUCCCAAGGACACCACAGAGCUUUACCUGGAGGGUAAUAUGCUGACAUCUGUGCCCAAGGAGCUGCUAGGCCUCAAGCAACUGUUACUGGUGGACCUGAGCAACAACAGCAUCAGCACACUGGCCCCCUUCACCUUCAGCAACAUGACUCAACUAGCCACACUCAUCCUGAGUUAUAACCAGAUUCGCUGCAUCCCGGUCCAUGCCUUUGACGGGCUCAAGUCACUUCGCCUGCUAACUCUCCAUGGUAACAACCUUUCAACAAUACCAGAAGGAGCUUUCAACCACCUCACCGCUUUGUCCCACCUGGCACUUGGUGCCAACCCCCUGUAUUGUAACUGUGACCUGCGCUGGCUCUCUCAGUGGGUCAAGGCUGGCUUUAAAGAGCCCGGCAUUGCUCGUUGCACUGGACCUCCAGAUAUGGCUGACAGGCUACUGCUUACCACACCACUCAACAGAUUUCAGUGUAAAGGUCCAGUAGAUAUCCGCCUGAUGUCGAAGUGUGCCCCUUGCCUGGCAGCACCCUGCCAAAACAAUGGUACCUGCGUUUCUGAUGCAAUCGGAUUCUACCAUUGCACUUGUCCAUAUGGAUUCAAGGGUCAAAACUGUGAAGUGCCCAUCAAUGCCUGUGUCAGUUUCCCCUGUACUAAUGGAGGAACCUGCCUCAUCCAGCCUGGCCAUGAAGACCACUACAGCUGUGUGUGUCCACCAGGUUUUGAGGGCCAACGUUGCGAGACAAACCCAGACGACUGUGAAGACAACGACUGUGAGAACAACUCCACCUGCAUCGAUGGCGUCAACAACUACACCUGCGUCUGUCCACCCAACUACACAGGCGACUUGUGCGACGAGGUGAUUGACCCAUGUCUCCGUGGUUUCGACCCCUGCCAGCACGACUCAAAGUGUGUCCAUGUUGGUCGCACUUACAGGUGCGAGUGUUUACCGGGUUAUGUUGGGCAACAAUGUGAGCAGGACUAUAAUGACUGCCUAGAGAAUAAGUGUCAACACGGAGCAGAGUGUGUGGAUGCUGUCAACGGCUAUACCUGCGUCUGUAAAGAGGGUUUCAGCGGGCUGUUCUGUGAGAACCCUCCACCAAUGAUCUUGCUGCAGACCAGCCCCUGCGACCAAUCGGACUGCCAGAACGGCGCCCAGUGCCUGGUGGUUGCUGGGGAGCCUGUCUGCCGCUGCAUGCCCGGUUUCUACGGCAACAAAUGUGACAAGAUGGCCACCGUUCACUUCAUGGGUCGGGACGGGUACGUGGAGCUGCCAAGCGCAAAGCUUCGCCCCACGGCACAUAUUUCAUUACAGGUGGCUUCAGAUAAAGACAACGGGAUUUUGUUGUAUAAAGAGGAUCACGACCCCCUGGCCCUGGAGCUGUAUCAGGGACACAUACGACUCAUCUAUGACAUCGCCAACUACCCACCCACCACUGUAUAUAGCAUAGAGUCUGUGAAUGACGGCCUUUUCCACACGGUUGAGCUGCUGAUUCAGAACCGUUCACUGAGCCUGGUUGUGGAUAACGGGGCCCCCAAGAGCCUGGGAAAGCUGGCACGCCAGCCCUCUGUUGACCACAACACCCAACUUUACAUAGGAGGCGUACCAUCUCAGGUGGUGGCCUCAGGUCUACGACCCAGCCCUGAGCGUUUCCCUCAGGCUUUGAAUGGAUGCAUCCACAACGUCCGAAUCAACGGUGAGCCUCAAGACCUGAGUUACCGAGUCGCAGGAGUGCGACCACAUGGGGUUGACAGCAAGGGUGAGGGCAUUCUUGCAGGGUGCCAUUCCUGCAGUGUGUGCGCCCAGGGUGCGUGCAGGGAGGGAGGUGAGACGGGGGUAACAUGUGAUUGUCCUCCAGGUCGCACCGGGGCUUUGUGUGACCAGACAACAGCACCCAACCCGUGUCAGAACAGCAGAUGUGUUCACGGUCUGUGUGUGCCGAAGGGUCAGUCCUACAGUUGCCAGUGCAGUGAAGGUUACCAGGGUCAGUAUUGCGAUCGACGGCAGGAGCCUCCAGCCUGCAGGGGGCAGCGCUGCGGACACGGGGAGUGUCGUGUGUCAGAGGGAGGAGAGCCAGUCUGCCACUGUCAGCCAGACUACACCGGGCUAACCUGUGACACAGAGCUUACAUGUCAAGGAGAGAUGGUGAGGGAGCAACUAAAGCGCCACCACCCAAUGAGAACAUGCACGUCCACGACCAAGAUUCCUCGCAUGGAUUGUCCCCGAUCCUGCCAGGCUGCAGCACCUCCAGGUGUUUGCUGUGGCGUGACAAAAAGCAGAAGGAGGAAGGCGGUUUUCCGCUGCACCGACGGCACCUCGUACUCCGAGGAGAUGGAAACUGCUCUGGAGUGCGGCUGCUCCAAGUGCCCGUUGUAACAGCACCGCAGUUUAAGUUUGUUUUGCAACACCCACCGCUGCCAUUUUGUGAAUUCUACACGUCAACGGGGCUGUCGCUCUGAGAUUUUUCCACGUUGAAAAGCACCAUCAUUAUGUGAUUUUAUUUACACAUUCAGUUUGACUGCUGCCAAUUUGCUGCCAAGAGAAACCACAAAUGAAAACAAAAAUGGGACAUGUGUGCGUGUUUUUUGACAGAGAGAAAAUAUAUUGUAAGAUAUAAGUGAGAAAAAAACAUAGAACUUAUUUUUAUUAUGGAUUUUUUUUUCUAAAAGAUGAUAAAAGGACUGAUAAGUUGUGUUUUUAAUAUGUUGAUUAUAUAAUGUGUUACAUAAUAUGGAAAGUUAUUUUGUACCUUGAAAGAAGAAAUACAGAUACACAGCAAAAUAGAUUAACAUUCCUUAAAAGUAUAUGAAUUUAUAUGUAUGUAUAAAUCUAUAUAAAUAUAUACCCUAACCCAAUGAAUUCUAUAUUUUCAAAGUGUAUUUGCAUGAUGUUAAUCUGAGUGCUGAUUAUUGGGAGGCUUUGGACACAGAGAGGAGGGCUGAGAGAGAAGAUUCCACAACAAGGAAAAGUUGGCAGUCUUUGGUAGCCCCCCCCUCUUGAAAAGAAAAGGGAACUGUGUGUGCCUUGCUAACCUGCUUUACUAUAUAAUGGACAUCAUCCUCACAUGUGAGUUCUUUGAGAAACCAUAAAAGACUCUUUGCACAGAGAUUAUUCAACAAA